CACCCAGGCGCCCCAAACUUUGCUUGAUUUCAAUGCCUCUUAUUAAUAUUAUUCUCUCUUUCAAAGCUGUACAGGGAGGAAGAAAUAUCCAAUGGCCCUGAGAAAUUAUACCAAGGUGUCUGAAUUUAUUUUUUGUGGACUUACCCAGUCUCAAGAGCUGAGCUUGCUCUUAUUUUUCUUUUUAUCUGUAGUUUAUGUAACAACUGUGUUAGCAAAUGUUGCCAUCAUGGUCACUGUGACCUACGAGUCCCGCCUUCACACGCCCAUGUACUUCCUGCUCCGCAAUCUCUCCGUCUUGGACAUCUGCUUCUCCUCCAUCACCGCUCCCAAGGUCCUCGUAGACCUCCUGUCAAGGACGAAGACCAUCUCCUUCAAUGGUUGCAUCACUCAGAUCUUCUUCUUCCACCUCCUCGGGGGGGCAGACAUUUUUUCUCUCUCUGUCAUGGCCUUCGAUCGCUACAUGGCCAUCUCCAAGCCCCUGCACUACGUGACCAUCAUGAGCAGGGGGCGAUGCACUGCCCUCAUCGUGGCCUCCUGGGUGGGGGGCUUUGUCCACUCCAUCGUGCAGAUUUCCCUGUUGCUGCCCCUCCCCUUCUGUGGACCUAAUGUUGUUGAUGGCUUCUACUGUGACGUCCCCCAGGUCCUCAAACUCGCCUGCACCAACACCUUUGCUCUUGAGGUCUUAAUGAUUUCCAACAAUGGUCUAGUCACUACUUUGUGGUUUCCUCUUCUCCUUGUGUCCUACACAGUCAUCUUGAUGAUGCUGAGGUCUCACGCUGGGGAGGGAAGGAGGAAAGCCAUCUCCACCUGCACCGCCCACAUCACUGUGGUGACCCUGCACUUUGUGCCCUGCAUCUACGUCUACGCCCGGCCCUUCACCGCCCUUCCCAUGGACAGAGCUGUCUCCAUCACCUUCACGGUCAUCAUCCCGGUCCUGAACCCCAUGAUCUACACCCUCAGGAACCAGGAGAUGAAGUCAGCCAUGAAGAGAUUGAAGGGAAGACUUAUGUUUUCUGAAAGGGGAUAACCUCAUUAUAGAUUGUUGAUCAAGAUACAAGCAUAUAAUUGAAAUAUAUUCUUAAAAUAUUAGAUGUUACAUAUUGGGGCUCAGCAAUGCAUAGACAAUUAACUAUAGCAGGAUGGCACAGACACAAAGGAUCAGCGACUUGAAACACUGGUGUUGAGAAGGAACACCAAGUUAAACAGGAAGAACAUAGUCCUUGAAGAGCAACUGACAGCAAGGAAGGUACAAAUGUGAAAUAUAAUAGAAGGUCUUGGGUGUCCCGGCAACAGGAUGAAGGAUAGCACUGUGAUGUCCAGACGUGCAGUAGGCAAGAGACACCUACCUCAACAUAGCCAAGCUCUAGUAACUAGGUCCCAGUGCAGCCAUGGUUACCUUAAAACUAU